UAUUGACUUUGACAACUUUGCAUGAAAAAAGGCAAAAACAAAAUUGCAAAAACGGACUAAACCAGCGAAAAUUUUAUGUUUUAUCAAUAUGCUAAGAAAUUUCUUACGUACCAGCCGUUGGCUGGCACGAAGGCAAAUAAUUAUUGCGCCAACAAUAUGCAGAUAUUGGGACAGAAACCUAAAGUUUAGUAAAAUAGAAAGCUUAACAAAACGCAUGUAUAGUUCCCAAAACAUACAACUUUCCGACGUAGACCCUGUGAUAUUUGAUAAAGUGUGCAACGAAACAUUGGAAUCUCUGUAUGAAUACUUUGAGGAACUAAUAGACCAGUCGCCUAACUUGAAAGGAGCUGAUGUUACAUUCAGUGAUGGAGUUCUAACAAUAGCCUUAGGACCUAACUAUGGCACUUAUGUAAUUAAUAGACAAACACCUAACAAGCAAAUCUGGUUAAGUUCACCAACAACAGGUCCUAAACGCUACGACCUUGUACUAAAAGAUGGUGGAUAUUGGAUUUACAAACAUGACGGAGUGACAUUACAUCAACUUUUGCAACAAGAAAUUUCACAAAUUGCUAAGAACAUCGAUUUUAAAACUUGUGCACAUGCUUUAGUCUAAUUUUUGGUUCUGUAUGUUAUAUAAUAAUUUACUGUAAUAUAAGUAGGCAUUCAAUUUA